UCAGCUGACCUCACACUCAGCAAACUUGCUAGCAGCUAAGAGAAAAUAAGCAAUGGCAAGGAUGGAGCUGGCACCACUUAGACCCUGGGACGAUUUCUUCCCAGGGGCUGAUCGAUUUGCUAAACCGGAUUUUAGAGAUUUAACGAAAUGGAACAACAGGGUGAUCAGCAAUUUACUGUACUACCAGACAAAUUAUUUUGCCGUAGCCAUCGUGGUUUUCUUGAUUGUUGGAUUCCUUAACCCUCUUGGUAUGUUCCUGGGAGGAGCAGUGGUCUCUCUGGUCUUCAUGGGUUCUGUGUGGGCAGGGGAGAACAAGACCAUCAUCAAGAACUUUAAGAAGAAGAACCCCACCCUGUUUGUCCUUGCAGUUAUGGGUACCAGCUACUUCCUGUUGUCGCUGUGUGGUGGUGUGAUGGUCUUCAUUUUUGGGAUCACUUUCCCUUUACUAUUGAGUCUGGUCCAUGCCUCUCUCAGACUGCGCAACAUGAAGAACCGGAUGGAGAAUAAAAUUGAAGGGGUUGGCAUAAAGAAGUCUCCCAUGGGUGUCAUCAUGGACCUCCUGGACCAGCAGGAGGAGAAGAUGAACAAGAUCCAGGACUUCAUUGAGAGCAAGCUUAAGGAAUGAGAGGAGGGCUUGUCAAACUGGCACCCUCUUUCAAUAUACUUAUCUUUCUUUUAGCACAAUCCUAAGAUAUUUUUGACCCCAAAUAAGGUUAUGCAUUCCUCCUAUUCAUUUGUUUUGGUUUUUGUUACACAUCUGUUCCAUGCUUUAUAUUACACUGUUAUAUAUUUUGUGUUUGGUUACUUCAUUUUGGGAGAGGUGUGCACUCAUAAAUAGAUUAUAUGUUUCUGAAAGACACUCAAUGAGUCAUGAGCAUCCUUGUCUGUUUUUCCUGUCCAAAAUGUUGUUUAAAUUAUUUAUGUGCA